ACAAUCUGAAGAAAACAAACUCAAAGAUGAUUUAGAGAAAACAGAAAUGUUGAAUUUAGAAGGGGAAUGUCAUGCACCGGUUGGUUUGGGCUUAGAAAACGAUGGCUGUUUGAUGGUCUGUCAACAAAUAUCAGAAAUUGGUUCGUCACAAACACGGAUUAGACUAUUAACAGAAUCCGGUAAUCUAAUUGAAUCAAAAACAAGAGGUCAAAUCUCUUCCUCUAACAACGAAGAGUCCACUGUAGCUGGCCUCCAAAAGGAUAAAGAUGAUACUAAAGCACACGAACAAAAUAACAAUCGAGUAGUAGAUAAGAAAGAAGCAACUCUUGAGCUUCAUACGAUCAGUGACUUAAAUGCACGGAAAUUGGAAGCAGGAUUAUUUUGUAACACACCAAUGCCCUCUGUUAAUGGUAAGGGUUCAUUUCAAUAUAAUUCGAGUGUAACUGGCUCAAUACUGUCUGUCACUGCUAAUAAAAAUCAAGUAUUCUAUGAUCUUGAACAUGGUAAUUUUAAGGAGUUUAGAGCUACUAUGGAUCACGAUCAUACGCAAGUUGUCCGAAUGAGAAACGAUCGUAAUCAGACUCUUCUGCAUGUUGGUGUCAUACGUGAUAUUUCUUAUGUAUGGAUACGUUUACUAUUGCUGCGAAACGUAGACCCUUGUGCACAAGACAAUGACGGCUACACAGCUGCUCAUUAUGCCGUUGAACGUGAUGAUGUUGAAAUGCUUAAAGCUCUGACUGUCCGCUUUCACCUCACAAUCAAAAUAUUUUCAGAUAUAGAAAUCACUAAAAUUCAAAAUCGAUGUUUAGAAGCAUUGGGCAUACAAGAAUUUUCCAGUGAGCUAAACGUUUUUAUGCUCGCAUGUAAACAGCAAGCGGUAAAUUGUAUUAAGUAUCUACACGAACUCGAAAUUGAUAACUUCAACACGAAGGAUAAAUAUGGAGACACGGCAUUACAUUAUGUUGUUUCUCGAAAUAAUGCCCUUUUAACAAAUUUCCUCAUUCAUGAAUACAAAAUGGAUACAAACGGUGGGGAUAUUGAUCGCCCAAGUGUAUUAGAUAUUGCAUGCUAUAAUCAGAAUUUAACAAUACAACAAAAACUAUUAGACCACAAUGCAAGAUCUCGAUGCCUAAUUGAAACACAAACACAGCCAAAUGAAAAUAUUACAGAAAAAGAAAAUAUUUCAGUUCCCAGUACAAUAAUUUCGAGAUUAUUGUUACAAACGGAUGGCGGUCAAGAGGAAGUAACAAGUGAUGUUGAUGGUAAUAGUACUUCGAGCGAACAAGUAUCUAACUUUUUAGAAAAAGCGGGACAAUUGGUGAAAGAAGAGAAUAUUCAUGAUGCUAUCAAGUAUUAUGAAGAUAUUUUAAAUUUGUUAAUCCCAAAUCCUGGUGGUAUCCAUAAUUCAGACAUAGCUAAAACAUACAAUAAUUUAGGUACGGUCCAUCAUCGUAAAGGUAAUUUUACGCUAGCUUUGAAGAAUUAUUCAAAAUCUUUACAAAUGAAUUUGAGUCUCAACAACCAAUCAGAAGCCGCCCGGUGUUACGCGAACAUUGGUCUAAUACAUGCCAUUCAAAAUAAUUAUACAAAUGCCCUGGAACAUUUUCAAAAUGCUUUGGAUGCAACACGUUUGAUUCCAGUACAAAACAAAGAUGAAAUUGCCAGAAUAGAAAAAUAUAUUGGAAUGCUAAAAAUACAGUAA